AUGCAAUUCCGUUGGCAUUACCCGUUGUCGCCUGGUACGGGUGCUUGGGGCGCACCCAAUUCGAACCAUAACUUUUGCGAAGAAGAUUACAACAUCACGCCUUACAUUGGUGAAUUUGUCAACACAGUCACCAAUUCCAUCUAUGUCUUCUACGGCAUUCACGGGCUUCGCAGAGUCCAGCCUUGUAAAGAUGGAGGGCUUUGGUCUACGCUAGCGUUUCCGUACUGGGGCCUCAUCGGCGUUGGUCUGCUUUCGAUGUGGUUUCAUGCCACACUCAAGUAUCACAGUCAGAUGGGUGAUGAUCUGUCCAUGUUUCUGGCUGUCGGCGCAUUGCUCCAUCAGCUGCUCUGCUUUGAGGCUACGCCAGCCCAACGGAGAAACUACACUGUUGUCAUCCUUGGGAUCUUGAUUCCUGUUUCAACCUACCAUGUCAUGGCUGAUGAGAUCUACGUGCACGAAAUCGUCUUCGCAGUGAUGGUGAUCAUGGUGGUGCGAAAGACGCAAAAGUUGAUUCGCGAACGAGUCACGAAUGAAGAGCAUAAGAAGCGCAUGGGCCAACUGGCUACUUUUGGCAUUGCCAACUUUCUCUUUGGCUACUUCCUCUGGAGCAUCGAUUUCCACCUCUGCAGCUAUGUCACCAAGGUCAAGCACUACGUCGGACUUCCCUGGGGUUUCCUUUUCGAACUGCAUGGGUGGUGGCAUAUCUUCACGGGCAUCGGCGCAUAUAUUGGCAUGGCUCUCACCGAGUACCUCGUCACGAUCGUCGAAGGCCAAACCGACCGUGUUGAAGAAGGCUUCGUUUGGCCUGUGAAGGCUGUCCUGAGGGACCUCGAUGCAGCUGGACCUACGAAGAAAGAUCGAUAG